AUGGAAGAGUCGAGCGCUCCCACGUCAAAGAAGGGCGCCAAGAAGGCCGAGGCCAAGGCCAAGAAGGAGGCCCUCAAAGCCCAGCGUGCCGCCGAGCUCGCCGCCGCCACCGCCGCCGCCAGUCUCGAGGACGACCCCGCCCAGGACAACUACGGCAACAGGCUGACCACGACCUCGGCCUUCAGCCCGGACGCCCAAGAGGUCGAAAUCCGCGCCAUUGACGAGACCUGCCACGGAAAGACGGUCGUCGUGCGCGCGUGGCUCCAAAAGUCCCGCGUGCAGAGCGCCAAGAUGGGCUUUGUCGAGCUCCGCAAGGGCGGCAACUGGGACAUUCAGGGCGUCGUCAUGGCCUCCGAGGCGGAGCCCCUGGUCAGCCGCCGCAUGGUCAAGUGGGUGGCCGGCAUCAGCCCCGAGAGCUUCGUGGCCGUCGAGGCCAAGGUGGUGCGGCCCCUCGAACCCGUCAAGAGCUGCCGCGUCUCGGGGUUCGAGCUCCACAUCACAAAGUGCUUCGUGCUCGCGUCGGCUCCCGCCAUGCUCGGCAUGACCAUGGGCGCCGCCAGCCGGCCCAUUGUCGACUUUAGCGACGACAGCGCCCCGCCCGCGGAUGCCGACGCCUGCAAAGCCGCCGAGGCCGCCGCCGCCGAGGCCGCCGCCCCGGCCGCGAGCAUGCUCACCCAUCUCGACAACAUUGCCAUGCACAAGCGCGCUCCCGUUCAGCAGGCCAUUGCGGACAUCCGCAUCCAAGUCAAGAGGCUCUUUCGCUCGUACCUCGAAGCCCGCCGCUUCAAGGAAUUUGAGCCGCCGUGCCUCAUCGGCGCCGCUUCCGAGGGCGGCGGAAACGUCUUUCGGCUGAGGUAUUUCGGCGACGAGGCCUUUCUCGCCCAGUCGCCCCAGUUCUACAAGCAAUUCGAGAUUGCAGGAGGCAGGGAGCGCGUCUUUAGCAUAAGCCCCGUCUUUAGGGCCGAAAACUCCAACACGCCGAGGCACAUGACCGAAUUUACAGGGCUCGACGUUGAGAUGGAAAUCAACGACUCCUACACCGAAGUUCUUUCCAUACUCGAGGGUGUGCUGCUGUCCAUUUUCCGCGGAAUCCAAGAGCAAUGCGCGGACGAGAUCGAAACCGUUCGAUCCGUCUACCACUCGGAACCGCUGCUCCUCCCCGAGCCAGGCCAAGAAGUCCGCCUCACCUUUGCCGAGGCGCAAAAGCUCCUGCGAGAGGAAGGCCCCCCCGAGUUCGCAAACGUACGCGACGACGAGGACAUGAGCACCCCCCAGGAAAAGGCCCUCGGCCAAGUCGUGCGCGCCAAGUACAAGACGGACUUUUACGUCAUUGACAAGUUCCCCGAGACGGCGCGGCCGUUCUACGCCAAGCUCGACGACGCCGGCACCACGGUAGGAGACGGCGUCCGCGUCACCAACGCCUUUGACAUGUUCAUCCGCGGGCAGGAGGUGCUCUCCGGCGGCCAGCGAAUCCACGACCCGGUCGAGCUCGAAGCCCGCAUCCGCGCCAAGGGCGUUGACCCCAAGAGCCCCGGCAUCAAGGAGUACCUGACGACGUUUCAGCAGGUCGGUGUGCCGCCGCACGGCGGAGGCGGCAUCGGCCUCGACCGCGUGGUGGCCUGGUUCCUGGGGCUGCCGAGCGUGCACCUCGCGGCGUAUUAUCCCCGCACGCCCAAGAGACUGCUGCCGUGA